GUUUACUUCCGGUUCUACAGUAUAGGUGCUGAGGUUUCUAUCACCAAAAUACGGGAGACGUUUAUAUUUAGGAUUAGAUUAUUUUACUAAUGUUGUCAUGUAAACAAUAACACUACAAAAAUCAAGAAUCGUUGUAUCACCAAAGUAGAUAUACCUUACAUGAAAGAGAAGGCUAAGACCUGCAAUUAAAGGUUAUAAUCUUCAGUGUUUUUUCACACGAAGUUUGAAUGGGUGCUGAGUGGUCGAGGUUUAGCUACUUCAAUCCUUACCAUCGUGCUACAGCCAACACAACCGUUGCCGAACGUGACGACGAGAAUCUUGAGGACUCAGGCGAAAAUAGUACCGAGCAUGACGUGUCCACAGGACCCGACUGGACCCGCCUACCGUACCCAGUCUUGCUGCAAGUCCUACAACUCCUGGACGAGACCGACAGGUACCACGCGGCUCUCACCUGUACGGCCUGGCUACUGCCGCUGCCGAGGCCGUUACCGUGUCGCACCGGACACUUCAAGUUUAAUCCUGCCACAGCUGUGAAAGCACUUCAAUGCGCUAGGGACCACGGGAAAUCUUUGCGUCACAUUACAGCUGACUGUUCAGUGCUGGACAAUGGUCAACGCAAGCACACAGAGGUGGUGCACCAGUUCAUCAUCAUCCUACUGCAAGCUGACAACCAACAGCUGCUCACUCUCAGACUGACCAACAUGAGCAUGCUGACGCCAGACACGGACCACCCCGUUUCGAGUCUGGUCAAAUCCCUGGCCGCUCUGCUGAAACACCAGCAUCAGUUAGUGGUGUUAGACCUCAGUCAGGCUGGUCUAAAUGUCAAUCAAGGCUUGCGGCUAUUGAACUCUGCAACCUUAAGCUCCCGAAGGACCUUAAAAACACUGGCCAUAGAUGAGUUAAUCGGUCUCAACCUUUCAUUUGAUCAUUUAGCUUUUCAAGAACUCUUAAUCUGCGUCAUUCGCUGCACCCUCUCUGAGCUAGAUCUCAGCUAUACCUACCUGUCUGACAACCUGCUAUACAGCCUGGCCCUAAAAGGCAGGGACCAACUGAAGUUGAUGACGAUACGGGCAAGGUACAAGUUCUUGGUGCAGAGGGUAACAUCAGCGCCAGCCUGGCAGAGCCUCACACACUCAUGCCCAAGUCUGAAAGUUGUAUUUUAUAUCAUACCACAGUCGGAUUCCUGCUCGGACCGAUCCCUGUGUAACAUGUUGACCCCGUCCCUCCCCCUGCAUGCACUGUACUGGGGUUCAGAGGCGUCACGUACCCACAUAACUCACGGCAGUUUCCAGCAUAUCGCCACACACUUUCAGAAUUCGCUCCACCAUCUCCACCUCCAUUACAAUUUUGAUCUUAAUAUGGAUGGUGUCGCUAACCUCUACAAUAGCUGUCAGAACCUAAAAACAUUGGCUUUGUGUAAAGUUUGUAAUUCUGAAGUGGAGGAGUGCCGACAAAAAAUGCUGAUUGGUUACGCUCUAGCUCGGCACCCAGCCAACCCCGCGUGUAGCGUCACGUUUAACGGCGUGGACGUGAGUGGACAAGACCCAUGUCACACCGUCCUGUCGAUGGUGGGAUGGUGCUGUGAGCAGGUUAAAAUAUGGGCCGGUAAAGGUUGGACAUUGGUUGAAACGCUGGUAGUGUGGUUCCAAUCGUUCUUUUGAUGCCUGGAUAUGAUCGGCUAGACAUCCCAUGAGAUAAUGAAUUGACAUCGUAAAUGUGAAAACAUUAAAUGGUUU